AUGACAACGCCGAUGUACAAGUGUUCGGUACUCAUUUUUCAUGCACCACGGUUUACAGCCCAGGAAUUGAGAAGACAGCAGAUGAUUUUGGAGUUGAAGAGACGAGCUAUGCGCAGCAAUGCGCCACCAAAUGAAAUUUUUAAUGCAGUUUCCCGAGAGUUUGAUGAUAUUGCCGACAUAUUCAAUCCUGCGGCUGGUCGGAUGAUGAUAAUUCGUGAACGGCGACUUCACCGCCCACCAAUGCCUGCAACUGUCAAUCAUGUGGGACCAAUGCUUGAUCGCUAUUUACCUGCGGUAGAAAUUUAUCGUGGUGAAGUCCAAGGAACAGACGGAAGUUUAGCAUUUAUAUUCGGAUCUCAACAAAUGAUGGAGCGUUUAAAUAACGUCGCGGAGUUGUUUAUCGAUGGAACAUUUAGGGUAAAUUAUUCAAGCAUUUUAUUUAUAUAA